CCUACGUGUAUAUUUAGCAUAAAAACCGACCAAUUUUAAGUACUCAACUAUGUACUGGAAUGUGAUUGGCUAGCUAAAGACCGAACCCUGGCUUUCACCUAUACGGUAUCAGAUAACACUGCGACAUUGCUCAGCACGACAGAUAAGUAAAAGCCAAAAAUAGGAUUUGUGUAAAUAGCUUGUGGCUCACUAAGAGGAUCAAAAUGGCGUUUAGCUUGUGUUUAGCGUAGGUUGCCGUCAGCGAGUUGUUAGAACGUCGCCGCUGGACACACUUGGACUGAAGGAUGACCGGGGUAGCUAUCGACUACAGCGCCUGGGAUCACAUUGAUAUCUCGGACGACGAUGACGUCACCAACCCUUACGUCGACACGCCGAGCUUGUUUCGGAUGAGACACCGGGCACGUCUGGAGAAGAUGGCCGGGUUCCAGCAAAGGGGAGAAGACCUGGAGAGCAACCUGUCAGAAUGCGGCAGGCUCCUGGAGGAGGCCGAGCGACGACUCCGAGCGAUGGAGGAAAGGAAGACUGAGGUGGAGGAGGCCAACUUGACCAACGUCCGGGCGGAGGUGAAGAAACUGAAAAAGGACAAAAGAUUAUUCGAGAAGAUGUGGGAGCAACACAAGCGUGAGGAGAAAAGGCUUCCCUGGAAUGUGGACACCAUUAGCAAAGAUGGCUUCAGCAGGAGUAUCGUCAACAUAAAACCGAAAGAAGAGACACAGGAGGAAGGUGUGGAGAAGUACGCUGAGGAAAUCAAACACUUUGGUAUGUUGCGGCGCUACGACGACAGUCAGAAAUAUCUGUCGGACAAUCCGCAUCUUGUGUGCGAGGAGACGGCUAACCGCCUUGUGGUCAUCUGUAUUGAGUAUGCGAUCGAUGAGAAGCACGCCUUGAUGGAGCAGGUGGCCCACCAGGCCAUCGUCAUGCACUCCAUCUUAGAUUUGGGCCGAGCAUUGAAGGUGGACCCGCGUGGCUGCUUCAGGCAGUUCUUCUCAAGUAUGAAGAACGCGGACCAGUUGAACCGGGAAGCUUUCCAACGUGAGCUGGAACUGCUGAAAGAGCGUGUAAGGAGCUGCGCACGGAUGCGGAUGGAGGAGGCCAGGGAGGAGCUGGAAGAAGAGGAGAAGCAAAAAAGAUUGGGCCCCGGUGGUCUAGAUCCUGUCGAGGUCUACGAGUCACUGCCCAAGGACAUGCAGAGGAGCUUUGAUGAGAAGAACAUUGAGAUGCUGCACGAAGCUAUGGGCAAAUUGGACCUUGAGGAGGGCAAAUAUCACCUGGCAAGGUGCAUCGACUCUGGACUGUGGGUGCCUGACACGGACAGCGACCAGGAGGAGGAGGAGGAGGAGGAGGAGGGGGAGGAGGAGGAGAAGGAGGAGAAGGAGGCGGGAGGAGAGGAAGAGGAGGCGGAGGACCGGCCCGCCUUCAUCUGGACGCCAUCAAGGAAGAAGCAAAGAGACGCUCAAACUUGUGACCUUCCAAGAUGACUUCCAAGCAGUGAUGCUCGUCAUUCCGAAAGGUCACCGCAAAACACGACGCUCUUGGAUUUUUGUACUGCACCAAGGACAGAUUUUUACAAGGU